GACUCCAGGAUGAGCUCGGCACCCCCCAGAGGGCCCCCCCUGAGCCGCGUGGCCGUCACGGGGGGCACCCAUGGGAACGAGCUCUCGGGCGUCUGCCUGGUGAAGCACUGGCUGCGGGACCCUUCUGGGCUGCAGAGGAGGACCUUCGCCGCCACCCCCGUCCUGGCCAACCCCGAAGCCGCAGAGCGCUGCGUCCGCUACAUAAACCAGGACCUGAACCGGAGCUUCACCGCGGCCGUCCUCACCUCCGAGGCCCCCCCGGACGGCCCCUACGAGGUGCGGCGGGCCCAGGCCAUCGACCAGCUGCUCGGCCCGAAGGGCUCGGCCCGGGCCUUCGACUUCAUCUUUGACCUCCACAACACCACCUCCAACAUGGCGGCCUGCCUGAUCGCCAGCUCCGAGGAGAACGUCUUCGCCAUGCACGUGUGCGGCUACCUGCAGAAACACAGUCGGGUCCCGUGUCGGGUCUAUCUCCACGGAGGCGACAUCUUUGUCUCGUCCGUGUCCAAGAAUGGCCUCGGCCUGGAAGUGGGGCCCCAGCCACAUGGGGUGCUUCGAGCUGAUAUCACAUCUCAGAUGAGAUCCCUGCUGGCUCAUGGUCUGGACUUCAUUGACCUCUUCAACCAGGGUACCUCCUUCCCUGCUUUUGACAUUGUGGCUUAUAAGACCGCGGGGUCCGUGGAUUUUCCUCGGGCUCCUGGUGGGGAAUUGCUGGGCUUUGUCCAUCCCAAGCUCCAGGAUAAAGAUUUCCUUCCUCUGAAGCCAGGAGACCCCAUUUUCCAGCUCUUCAGUGGGGAGGAGAUCUUCUAUGAAGGGGACGCCACUGUCUACCCAAUCUUCAUCAACGAGGCUGCCUACUAUGAGAAGGGAACAGCCUUCAUCAAGAUGGAGAAGCACACGUUCUCCAUCCCGGCUUUGGAGGCCCCAGGGCCGUCCUGAAGCUGGGCACCAGGCUGAUUUCUCCGGGGACAGAGAAGAGGAAGCGGCCCCUCGGGGGAAACAGCGACCCACAUCUCGGAGGAGCUGCCAACUGGCCCAGCCAUUCUGGAAAGCAAGUCAGAAGGGAGCCCCCAGAGUUAGUAAAUGAUGCACGCAGAGCCUUUGACUCGACUCGUGGAAGAGAUAAUACAGUCCCCUAAAGUAGGUGCGAUGGAUGCCGGCAGUGUGGCGCAAUGAAAGGAGUCGCAAGAUCUGA